GCAUCAGUUCUAGGUCGCAACUCAACGCACGAGGAGCUUGCGCGCGACCUCCGUUGAUAAAAUACAAGAGCUCCUAACUAAAGAGAAUUGUGCGCUUUUAUUUGCGACGACUGUUGAACUUACAGUCUACCUCCUGGCUCUCCUUUCAACAUUCAAGAUUGAUUUUUUUCUUCAGGAAUUUCGCUCAAAGGAGGAAAUAUCAUCUGUUGCUGCAACCGGUUUAAUUAAAGAAAGCAAUCUACCUAACGCUGGAAAGAGCCCCGGUAGACCGAUAUUACCUUGCGCACGCUGUGAUUGGAGAUGGAUUUAAAUCAACGCUCUCCAACUGGCUCGCCUAUUCUAGUGUAAAAUGGCAGAGGAACUGUGCUGUUCAUUGAUGCUUUUAUUUUCUUUACACAUUGCGUUACGGACGACGUUGUGAUGGUUCCUCUUUACCACUGCCGGCUUUUCUGCUAUACUCUCUCCUUUCCUUAUUAAGAUAUACCAUCUGACGGACAACGCGUUUGGCCGUGAGGUGGUGAAAGUAUACGUUUAGAUCUUAAGGAUUUCUUUGACUAAACGAAUUAUAUUUUUGGAUUAAUGAUGAUGAUGGAGGACGAUGAAUUGGAGACGCAUCAGGUUGAAAUCGAUUCUGAUUUCGAACCACAGAGCCGACCUCGCUCAUGCACCUGGCCAUUGCCGUGUCCUGAAGAUUUCCCCGGACCGGAGGUUAACGGAGGUCUGCCGCUCAAUACCAUAAAGGUGGAACCGGAUAGCGUGCCUUCUUGUAGAGCGGGGAAAAGGGGUGUUGCGCCCUCCAAUAUGAAACACUCAGCGGGGGCCUCGGCCCCUGCCGCACCAGCCCUCCCCUGCAUGGCAGGAGCCGCUCUCGACGCUGCCGGCCAGCUCCGCAAGGCGAAAUCGUCCCGGCGAAACGCAUGGGGCAAUCAGUCUUACGCGGACCUCAUUACCCGAGCUAUCGAGAGUACAACGGAUAAAAGACUCACGUUGUCUCAGAUCUACGACUGGAUGGUCCGUUACGUCCCAUAUUUCAAAGAUAAAGGCGACAGUAACAGCUCAGCUGGUUGGAAGAAUUCGAUCCGGCACAACCUGUCGCUGCACACACGCUUUGUGCGCGUGCAGAACGAGGGCACAGGGAAGAGCUCCUGGUGGAUGCUGAACCCAGACGGGGGCAAGGCGGGCAAGGCCCCGCGCCGACGCGCCGUCUCCAUGGACAACAGCACCAAGUACCUCAAGAGCAAAGGCCGCGUCAGCCGCAAGCAGAAGUUGCUGGGCCGAGCGGGCCAGGGACCGGGUCCCGGCGGGCCCUUGGGUCCGGUGAACCGGGUCGGCCUGCACAGCUCCCCCGAGCAGAGCGGCUCCCCGACGGGGCCUCCGCUGGUGGGGUCGGGGGCUGGUGGCGGAGCAGGCGGUGGGGUGGUGGAGGAGUUCGACUCCUGGACGGAGCUUCACUCGCGGGCCAGCUCGUCCGGCUCCACGCUGAGCGGCCGCCUGUCGCCCAUCCUGGCCGAGGGCGAGCUGGAGGAGCCCGAGGACGGCCGGCUGUCCUGCUCCACGUCCCCGCGCCUCUACCCCAGCCCCACCGGCACCUCCGCCACCGCCCGCUCCCCAGCCAUGGGCACCGCCGGCGCCCACUGCCCCAGCCUCGAGCUCCCUCAGCUGGCUGACCUGACUGGGGCCAUCAGCCUGGAGGAGGGCUACCAUCACGCUCACCACCAGCAGCAACAGCAGCAGCAGCCUAACCGACACAAGCACCAGGGCUACCACUACGGCUCCGUGGUGAAGGCCCAGGGCUCUUGCCGCGGCCCCGUCUACGUCCAGCCCGGCGGGGGCAUGCUCAGGCUCCACUCCCCCAUGCAGACCAUCCAGGAGAACAAGCCGGCCAGCUUCGCCGAGAGCCUACAGCAGCAGGUCUACUCGGGGACCAACGCCCUGCAGAGCCUGCUCACCUCCGCCGCCGCCGUGCCGCAAUACUGCGCCAAGGACAUGCUGCUCGGCCAGGAGCGAGACGGCCACGCCAUGAUGGUGACCCCGGCGGCUAACAGCGUGGGUCCUGCUGGUCACCACCACCACGGCCACAACGGGGUCCACAGUCACAGCCACAGCCAUAGCCACAGCCUCAAUGGCACGCAACAUCCCCACAACUCCACGCAAACACACAGCGGCACGCCUGGCGGACACGGCACCGCAGGGCAGCACACGGGCAGUAGCCACCACUCGCCGCACGGCCACGGUUUGAGCCGCGGACAGAGCCACCGCGCCCGGGCAGCAGGGGCCGCCGGCCCUGGGGGCGCCCACCUGCAGCCUUACGGCCACAACCCCAAAGCCCCGUACAUGUACAGCCCACCUGCCCACGCGCACCUGCCGGCCUCCACCACCCUGCCCCCCAACCCCGCCAAUGCCCAGGGUGCCCCCCAGGACACCUGCCACCUGGCCACCACCCCCAACCCCUACCCACGUCACCACAGCAACCCCUACCACCACCACAGCCCCAUGGCCGACGGACCGUACCAUCACACGCAGGGUAUGGGGGGAGGAGGCGGUGGAGCCGGCGCGGGCAGCGGAGGCGGGAGUUUCCAUGGCUACCAGCAACACCACCAGCACCCCCACCUCCCGGCCCACCACGCUCACGCCCAGGACCGCUUACCGGCCGACCUGGACCUGGACAUCUUCCACGGCAGCCUGGACUGCGACGUGGACUCCAUCCUGCUGCAGGACAUCAUGGACUCAUCUGAGGAGAUGGACUUCAACUUUGACUGUUCGCUGGCACAGGGUGUGGGCAUGGGGAUGGGCAUGGGGAUGGGCAUGGGCAUGGGCAUGGGGAUGGGGAUGGGCAUGGGGGUGGGCAUUGGGGUGGGCAUGGGCGGCCUCGGGGGGCCUCAGCAGAGCCACGGCAACCAGAGCUGGGUGCCCGGCUGAGAGCCACGAGGGCAGGAUGAGAGAGGGAGAGGAGGAGGGGCAGGGGACCAACCCCUGACCCUUUGGCAUCUGCCCAGAGUGCUGCCCAGAGCCCGUCGCCCCAUGGGCCUCAGACCGCUCCCCCCAAUCAACCCCCCAACACACACACACACACACACACACACACACACACACACACACACACACACACAGCAACAGCCACAGGCAUCGUGCAUCGUGCCUAAGCUGUUUCCUCUUCUCUGGGGAGAAAAGACAAGUAGAGAGCAGACUCAAACUGAGCCAGGAGGGGCUGUGGAUGAGGAGGCAAUGGGGUGGAAAACCCUGCCCAGAUCCUCUGGCUCAUCACAACGCGUCAAAGUUCUUGUCCUUCGCCAUCCCUCGGUGUCGUGGUGAAAAGUGU